AUGUUCAAAACUGGGGUUGUAAGAGAAUAUAAAAUAGUUGUAGUUGGAGGUGGUGGUGUUGGAAAAUCCGCACUUACCAUUCAAUUGAUCCAAAGUCACUUUGUUGAUGAAUAUGAUCCAACAAUAGAAGAUUCAUAUAGAAAGCAAUGCGUGAUUGACGAUGAAAUAGCACUUCUUGAUAUUCUUGAUACAGCAGGGCAAGAGGAGUAUUCCGCUAUGAGGGAACAAUAUAUGAGAACAGGAGAGGGUUUCCUUUUAGUCUAUAGUAUUUGUAAUAGAAACUCUUUUGAGGAAAUUAUAACAUUUCAACAACAGAUUUUAAGAGUUAAAGAUAAAGACAAUUUUCCUAUGAUUAUUGUUGCAAAUAAAUGUGAUUUAGAAAAUGAACGGCAUGUAAGUCAAUAUGAGGGUAGAGAAUUAGCAAAAUAUUUUCGGUGUCGUUUUAUUGAAACAUCAGCAAAGCAAGGUAUAAAUGUAGAGGAGGCAUUUUAUACUCUAGUACGAGAGAUUAGAAAGUAUAAUAAAGAUAAUUCAUCUAAAAAAGCUUCAAAUAUAUCACGUCGCUAUCAAAUGGAUAUAAGUAGAAAAAAUAAAAAUAUAACUUGUUGCAAUUGUGUGGUAAUGUAA